GACUUGUCGUUAUAAGGAGUCCACAGUAUCCAACUUGAGAACAGAAACAUAGUAAGAGUGGUUGUGAGUUGUGACUCGUGAGUUCUGAUUUGUGAAGCAGAAUCAGGAUCAGAAUGGCGCUGAGGCCUGAAAUCGUGUUGUUUGGAGACUCAAUAACAGAGCAGUCCUUCAAACCAGGAGGCUGGGGUGCCGCUCUUGCUGACACUUAUUCUCGCAAGGCUGAUGUCAAAGUUCGUGGCUAUGGUGGGUAUAACUCCAGAUGGGCUAUGUUCUUGUUGCAUCAGAUCUUUCCUCUGGAUUCUAGAAAACCUCCUGCUGCCGCAACAAUUUUCUUUGGGGCCAAUGAUGCAGCUAUUUUGGGGAGAACAAGUGAACGGCAGCAUGUUCCUCUUGAAGAGUACAAGGAGAAUCUAAGAAAAAUUGUUCUUCAUUUGAAGCACUGCAGCCCCACAAUUCUUAUUGUGCUUAUUACACCACCACCUGUGGAUGAAGAAGGGCGUAACCAAUAUGCACGAUCAAUAUAUGGUGAGGAUGCUAGGAAACUGCCAGAAAGGACAAAUGAAGCGGCAGGAGCUUAUGCAAAGCAGUGCCUUGAGCUAGCUGGGGAAUUGGGUGUCCGCUCCAUCAAUCUUUGGUCCAAAUUGCAGGAAACAGAAGGUUGGCAGAAUAAAUUUCUAAGCGACGGGUUGCACCUAACACCAGAAGGCAAUGCUGUGGUCCACCAAGAAGUUGUAAGAGUUUUCAAGGAAGCAUGGUUUUCUGCUGAAGAAAUGCCUCGUGAUUUUCCUCACCACUCAGAAAUUGAUGGGAAGAACCCUGAGAAAGCUUUCGAGCAAAGAUGCCUAUAAUAGAUUUUUCUAUUUCAUAAAUCAAACUCUCCACAACAAAUCUGGGUAAUAUUACCCAAAGUAUAUUGCUCCACACACCACACGAGCAUAAUUACAUGUCCAUAUUUAUUCCCUGAGUAUGACAAUGACAACUGAACUCGGGGGGAAACUUUUGUUGAAUGUCAGGAAUUAAUUCAUUAUUAAUGACCAUACUGUGAUUUAUAGCAGUUCCAUACUUUCAAUGAAACAUUCUUUGUGUU